AUGGCAUCUGUUGAUUUCGAUAGCUUUGCAAUCUUUCCAGCUCUCAACGUUGCGCGCGUCGGUAAUGCUGAUAAUGAUGUUGGCGAUGAAUAUUAUUAUGUUGGUUCUGAAAUUCCUGGGGUAAAACCACAAGCUGCAAGAUUUAGAAUUUAUGGUUACAAAAAUGAUAAAAUUGUGGGUGAGAUCAAGUCUAGUGAAGAUGUGACAAUUAAAUGGACCGUGGUACUUGCUAAUAAAAAAGCUGCUCAUCGAGGUUUCUUCGGUAUCAAGAACCAUAAUAAUAAGGAGCCUAUUCGAAAUGCCGACUGGCCCUACGAUAGAUCUACAUUGAUGGCUAUUAAAGAGAAUAGUUUAGCUUCUAACGAUACGGGGCAGAGUGUUGAAUUCAAGGGGCGAGUUUAUCGUUAUAAUGACAAUGAUAUCGUUCCUAGCGAUGGCCAUGAAUUAUACUUGGGCAAGAUGAUUGUGGAAAAAGAAGGAAGCUUACUGAUUAUUGGUGGGAAGGGGAAGUCUGGCUGCGUCAAAGAGGAUGCUUUUAUUACUAAUUAUGCGAAUAACGAUUAUUGGUACGAUGAUACUUCUGAUGGAUCCAUAGAUGCGACUGUAACUAUUAAUGGUGAGGAGAUCCGCAAUAGAGAGGGCAAGUCAUGGGUUCUUGUGGCACCUCCAAAGUUUGCACCGGGCAUUCACAAUGUUGUAUCUUUAUAUCAAGUAAUAUUGGAAACGCAGCAUCCUGUUGAUCCAGAUGAACCAAUAAAUGAUCCGGUAGUGGCGGAAAAUAAUCGCGGGGUGAAUUAUUAUCGUGAUAUUCGCCCAAUCUUUGAAACUAUUAGUAAAAACUCUUGGGUUAAUAGGAAAGGUUUUAUGGGUCAUGGUUUGAACAAACCAGGUGAAGAUGUGUACAAAAGUUUUGAAGAAAUUAUUCCAGAUACUUCUCAACAAGUUAAGUCUCUUAACAAAGCUGCACUUGAGUGGUGUGUUGGAGGUCCAUUCUAUCCUGGAAUUGAAAUGACCUAUGUGGCUUAUGACAAAAACACAUUUCAUAAGGAAUAUGAUUUCAGAAUUAAUUAUAACGCAAUUCAACCUGGUGAUAUUAACGCAUAUAUGGCUUUGCCUUGGCAAGCCGAUUUUAAUGAAUGCAAUACACACUGGUGGCCAGCUCAGAGACCUGAUAUUGCGAUUCCGAAAAAAAGAAUGGAUGAAAUUACAAAUGGAAUAAUUAAAUUAGACGAUUUUGAGGAAUGGACCCGCGGCUUUAGAAACAAUUCUAAUAACGGUAUUUACCCUCAAUGGGGUAAUAUGGAUAUGGUUAGAGUUUGGAACAGAUUAGGGUUUGUUGUUGAGAAUACAAUUCACAACAAUACUGAAACAUCUUUUGUUGAGGUGGACCGCCAGGAACUUUUCGAGCUUAAUAAAGACAACAUUAGUGUUAAAGAAUUUACACUAAAUAAUCUCUACUGUUUACUUAAAAUAGCAUUACAGAUUGAACUCAGCACUAUCCCGCCAUACCUCUAUGCUUUAUAUUCGAUAAAGCCAGGAUCAAACAUUGGCGACACGGUUAGGUAUAAAAUUCGGCAUGUGGCAGCAGAAGAAAUGUUGCAUGCAUCUCUUGUAGCGAAUCUUAUGGUUGCUAUUGGACAUCAACCUAUUUUUUAUUCCCCGACAACGAUUCCUCACUAUCCGACUCCUCUUCCUCACAUCGAUCAAGAUUUACCGAUCGAUUUUGAAAGUAUAGGAGAUCUCUAUCAGACCAUUAAGAAAUUCUUCAAAAAACUUCAUGAUAUGGGGAAAAUAAAAUAUCAAAAAAAUUUUCAGCUUGAACCUGGCAUGGGCUAUGCUCCAAGCACGGGUACAGGAAAUGAUGGAUUGAUUGUUAUUAAAGAUUUAGAUAGUGCCCUUCGUGCUAUCGAUUUAAUUAUUGUUCAGGGUGAAGGGAAAUAUAAUAUGUCUGAAAUGAAAAUUGAUGGAUAUUUCGAUGGAGAGUUAAAAGAAAUUAGUGGGAAAAUUAGUGGAGAUAUAGUUGAAAAAAAUAUUGAAAACAACAAAUGUAUGAUUGAAGGAAAAUUUGAUGGGACAAUUGAAAAAGGAAAAUUUGAAAAUGUUGGAGAAAAUAGCAAAAUCAGCGAAGGAAUAAUCAAAGGAGUAAUUAAAACAUCUAAUGGAACUAAAACCAUCGAACGAGUAAUCCAAGGGAAUUUCAAAGGUUUUGAUAAUAAUACUUUUUUCAAUGGAAGUAAAGAGAAAUUUUUAUCAGUUAAAAUCGAAUCAAGUCUUAAUGGGAAGUUUUAUGGAAGUAUCGAAGAAGACUCUCAUUAUAAUGCAUUUAAAAUUUGUAAGAUAGAUAUCGAAAACGUUUCUGAAUCAGAAUAUCAACUCUGGCCUGUUAUAAGUGAUCCAAGUGUAUCAUCGUAUACUGAUCCAAAAAUUAUUGCAACUGCUACUGCAUUUAAUGCUGCCUAUUCAUACCUUAUGCUUUUAUUGCAAAAUGUUUGGAAAACUGAUGGUCAGAAUAAAAAAAUGUUGGUGUUAGGAGGGAUGCCUGCAUUGAUGCAUGGUGUUUUGAAGCCUAUUGCAACAUUUCUUGCUGAAACUCCUAUUUCUACUGAUACAAACGCGGGUGCCACCUUUGGCUAUUAUAAAUUCACUCGUGAGUCGGGUCCGAAACAACAACUGAUUGAAGCUGUUAAAGCUGCUUCUGAAGCUUUUCCAAAUAAUGAUGAGUUAAAGAAUGCAUUGAAGGUUGUUAAUUCAUUGCCAGAUAUUUCAUUGUCAGUUUUUGAUGAGGUUUAG